GACGUCACUCGCGUCCGCCCCUACGCGCACAGCACACAGACACCAUGGUCCGCUCCAUCAUCCUCGCCCUCGCGCUCCCCGCCACCAACGCGUUCGUCCCGGGGACCAAGAUCAGCCCCCGCCUCGAGCGGAUGAAGAUCAAGAGCGAACUGUACGCGCCGGCCGCGGCGGGCACGAUGCCGACCUCCCAGUCGACGCCCGGCUCGGUGGGCCUCUCGAAUCUCCCCAAGCCCGGCCAGGGCGCCGAGUCGACGAUCCUCGUGCAGGGCGGCUCGCUCCGCACGUGGUCCUACCGCUCGCCGCUCGUCGACCAGGUCCAGGUCGUGCUCUCGACGGAGGGCCGCCCCCUGGACGCGGACCUCGAGCUCUGGCACGGCCCGGACAACACGCCGUGCAAGAUGCGCGUGUACGUCGAGAACGGCCAGCUCCGCCCCUUCAGCGCCGUGAUCGCGACGCCCCGCGGCCCCAACACCGUCGCCAUCCGUAACAUCGGCCAGAUCGAGUUCCCCAUCGCCGCCGACGUCUACGCCAACGACGUGGAGAACCCCUCCGCCGAGACCGUCAGCUCAGCCACGACCAUCCAGGGCGGUGCGCUCCGCACGUACCCGUUCGACCCGCUCGUCAACUCGGUCGAGGUCCUCCUCCGCACGGAUGGCCGGCCGCUCAACGCGCGCAUCGAGCUCCUCCAGGGCCCGAACAACAACAAGCAGGUCAUCGAGCUGUACACGGAGGACGGCCUGGACCGCCCCUUCUUCGCCAUCCUCGAGACGCCCGGCUCGGGCAACGUCGUGCGCAUCGUCAACACGGCGCCCGUCGAGUUCCCCAUGACGGCGGCGGUCGUCCCCCACUCCAUCGACGACAAGAUGGCGUCGGGCGCCUUCGACGGCGACGUCGUCAUCGGCGGCGACAUCGGCUGGUGAAAAACUUGAGUCUACGAAACAUUCCCACCCCCCACGCCUCGCGCGCCGCGGCGGCCACGCCGUGGCGGCCGAAGCACCAAGCAUCUACAAGCAUCCCAUCUCUCGCCCUCUUCCCUCUCGUCGACUUUUGUAAGCCAUGUCCCAGCAUG